AUGCUUGGGACUUUCACAAGAGAAUUGCGGAUACAUGACCAGGAUAUUUUUGAAGAGACAACCAUGUUUAUUCGAGAAAGCAAGCUUUUAUUUGGACCUGGGAUCCUUAGCAGUCUUGGCGAGCAGCAUCGUAAACAAAGGAAGAUGCUCAACCCCGUAUUUUCUAUUGCGCAUAUGCGAGAAAUGGUUCCAAUUUUCUACGAUGUUACUCACAAACUUCGUGAUACGAUCUUGGAGAAGGUUAAGAACAGCGCGCAAGAGAUUGACCUGCUUCCAUGGAUGAAGCGCACCGCUCUUGAGCUGAUAGGACAAAGUGGGCUUGGCUACUCGUUUGACUCUUUGAAAGAAGACGAACCCAGCCACCCAUACUAUAAAUCGACCCAGGAGCUUGUUCCUGUGGCAUCGAAAAUGAUGUUCGCUCGCAUGUAUCUGGGAUGGACGACUCGGGUAGGGCCACCGAAAAUUCGGCGCGCCAUUGUAAAUCUAUUGCCGUGGAAAGCGGCGCACAAGAUUCGAGAUAUUACGGACACCAUGUACAACACCUCCGUUGAGAUCUUAAACUCGAAGAGACAGGCACUGGACAAUGGCGAUGAGGCUGUCAGAAAUCAGAUUGGCCAAGGAAAAGAUAUUCUAAGCAUCCUUCUCAGGGCAAAUAUGUCUGCCUCGGGAUCAGACCGCCUCUCUGAUGAGGAGGUCAUUGGUCAGAUGUCUUCUCUGACGUUUGCCGCCACUGAUACAACAUCAGCUGCGCUGUCCCGCGUUUUUCAUUUAUUGGCUAAGCACCCGGAUGCUCAAGCAAGGCUCAGAGAGGAGAUAAUCGAGGCUCGAGCGCGUUAUGGUGGUGAUAUACCAUAUGAUGAGCUUGUUGUCCUUCCAUAUCUCGAUGCUAUAGCCGUGAGACUCUCAGGCUUUUCUAUUGCGAUGCGAGUCGCGAGAAAGGACGUCUCAGUCCCAUUAUCCUCCCCGAUUAAAGGUACUGAUGGCCAAACAGUCACGGAGAUCUUUGUCCCCAAAAACACGAAGAUCUUGAUCGGGAUUCUGGCCGCUAAUCGAAACCCCGAAUUGUGGGGACCUGACUCUUACGAGUGGAAGCCAGAGAGAUGGCUCGAGCCAUUGCCUGAGACAGUCACGAACGCACGCCUACCUGGGAUAUACGCAAACUUAAUGACCUUUCUAGGGGGGUCAAGAGCUUGCAUAGGAUUCAAAUUUUCCCAGUUGGAAAUGAAGGUGGUGCUAAGUCUGCUCAUCGAAUCGUUCAAAGUUGCUUUGCCGGAUAAAGAGAUAGUGUGGCAAAUGGACGCAGUUGCAACUCCCACGAUAUCCGAUGUACCCAACCCCCAGGCCCAAUUGCCGCUUAUCAUGUCGCUGGCGAGCGGUUCAUUCAGUUAA